AAAAAAAUCUGUAAUGUGUAAUUCUGCAAUGCGCGAGAAUGAACUUAUUGAGAUAUAGUGCACUAAUUGUAAGUGUGUCACUAUUAAUUCUUGGACGAUUCGUAUUCAUACAACAGAGGCGUUGAUACAAAGAGACUAUCGCAUACUAUCUUGUAAAUAGUGAGUAAGGAUUGAUAAUCGAUAUGACAUAUAUGUGUAUCUCUGCAUAAGUCUACACAUAUAUAGCUCUAGAAAUUGUAAAUUUAUUUGCCGUACUUGUACAACUUUGGAAUUACAAAGGGAAAGCAAGAGCAUUAGAAAUUUCAACCUUCCUGUUUGGAAAAUGUCCAUCGUUAUAUGCUUGUUGGUAGUUUCAAUAAAAUAGUGAAUCAAUAACGGCAGUACUGCAGGAUCGGUUUCAGAAAAGUAUACAUUCAUACAUAUUGAAAGAUAAGUAAUUUAAUUUUUAUUUUUCUCGAAGAUUUCUUCUAUGUAAGAAGCGAAUAAGUAAAUAAGGAAGUAUUAAACGGACAGAUUUAUUGAAAUCAUGAAUAGUUUAUAUAUUCAUCUUUCUUUUUAAUAAUUGUGUCUUCAUUUAAUUAUAUCUUCUACUAAUUAAGCAGUUGCAUUAACAAUUAAGAUAAACGAAAUAUUUGAUUUCAGUGCACCAAGAUAAAUCCAAUUGUGUACAAUAAAUAAGUCCAACAUUAAGAAAAAGUCUAAAGAGUGCAGUGCGGCCCUACAUAAACAACUUUCACAUAUUUUAUGAGGCAUCUUCGCUUUCAAGCGAUUAAUUUCUCAAUUGUAGGAUAAAUGGCUAUAAACAUCAUCCCCUUGUAAUGUUCUCGACUAGACGUUGCAUUAUUAAUGUACGACUAUACGCUCCUAAAUAGGGCUAAAUAGUGGUAUUAUACUUCUAACAAUGUACGUGAUCCCUUAUGACAUGCAAUGAUCUACCAUUUUGAAUGUGAUGUAAAGAAAGGAAAAUCCAGUACCUUCAUAGACACCAGUAUGGAAGUUACGAAGCAUUUAGCAUAUAGAGACUACGAAUGGGCCAUUGAAUUUAAUCGGGUCAGUUUAACAUUGUUCGGCGUUUGGCCUAUAAACAACGAAACGAAGCAAAAAAAUUAAUGUCGGACAUACGUGUGAUUAUUACAUUAAAUGUAGUUAUCUGGAUCUGCGUUAUUCCAACUCUACAUUCGUUGCUGAAGAUUUACGACGACAUAAUGUCGACAAUCGAUAAUUUGCAAUACACUUUACCGCUUCUAAUAGCGGUAAUAAAACUGUUCAUCAUUUGGCAAAAAAAAUAUGACGUUCUACCUUUAUUAAACAUGAUCAAGGACGAUUGGUUGAGAUCAAAAACGUCGGAAGAGAGGAAUGUCAUGAUAAAACAAGCACGAAUCGCACGUAUUCUCACGAUAUUCGGUUGCUUCGUAACGCAAACGGCUGCUAUAAUAAUCUUGUUGCUUUCCGUUUGUGGCAUUUCAAUGAGAUAUAGGACCAACAGAACAGAUUCGGACAAAUUAUUGCCACUACCAUCGUAUUAUAUAUACGAUGUAAGUAACAGUCCACUUUACGAAGUGAUUUUUGUUCUACAAAGCUUUAGUUUCAUGAUAGCUGGUAUGAUGUACACCGGUACGGAUACCUUUAUGAGUCUGCUGAUCUUUCACGUAUGUGGUCAGCUCGAAAAUCUCAAAGCACGUAUUAGCAAUUUUGAUAAACUCAACAAUUUUGCGGACACCUUAUCAAUCAGCGUGAAGGAUCACAUACGUCUUAUCAGAUCCAUCAUAGUUAUUGACGAUACGUUUAAUUUGAUGUUACUUGGAUUGCUAGUUUAUUUUGGCAUACUUUUUGCUCUAUUUGGAUUCUUAUUUGUUUCUAUAAUAACACAAGGUAGCAAUCUUUCUAUAGCACGACUGAUUUUCACUGUGAUGACCUUUGUCCUUACAUUCGGACACAUAAGUCUAUAUUGUGUAUUAGGAGAAAUUUUAGUUAUUCAGUACGACGGGAUUUAUGAAGCUGUUUGCCAAUACGAAUGGUACAAUUUAAAGCCCAAGCAAGCAAAAAAUUUGCUGAAUAUAAUGAUGGAAACUAAAAGACCACUACAUCUUACUGCGGGAAAACUGUUUCCUAUGACUAUAGCUACGUUGUGUAAUACGAUGCGCACUUUACAAUUAAACUCCGAAGUUCUGUACACCUCAUACACACAGUUAAAAAUCAAUAACCGUAAAUAUGUCGAAGUAUCUAUAGUUGCAUCGAGGAAAAGAGAUGUUAGUUCCUCCUUAUCCGUUGACAUGGACAUUUCAACACAUUCCGGUUAUGCAGAUUAUGAAUGGGCUAUUGGAUUAAAUCAGGCUUGUCUAAAACCAUUUGGUAUUUGGCCGGAAAACGAUCAACGGAAAUUUAUACUAAACGUACGCGUGAUUAUCGCAGCAGCUAUAUUAUUCAGUAGUUUGAUUCCAUGUUUACACUCUGCUAUUAGAGUUGAAAAUGAUAUUAUAUUAAUAAUCGACAAUUUACAAUAUAGUUUGUCUAUCAUGAUAGGAAUGUUGAAGCUAUUUACUAUGUACUGGAAGAAAAAAGAUCUUAUACUAAUUCUAAGAAUGAUUAAAGAGGACUGGUUACAACCGAAGACAACAAAACAAAGACACAUUAUGGUAAAGCAUGCGAGAAGUGCACGUUUUAUAAUGAUAUUUGGAUAUUUGACAAUAAUAUCAUCAUUCAUCUUACUUGUGUUUUUACCGUGUUUUGGUGUUUCGAUAAGAUAUCUGAAAAAUAUGACUAACUCGGCCAGAUUGAUGCCAAUGCAGUCAUAUUACCUUUAUGAUUCGGAUCAAAGUCCUUUAUAUGAAAUAUCAUUUGUCCUGCAAGCCGCUUGCGUCGUAUCAACGGCUGCGUUGUUCAGUGGUAUAGACAAUUUCUGGGGACUGACGGUUUCCCAUAUAUGCGGCCAAUUGGAAAAUCUUCAAACACGUAUCACUAGCCUCGAUAUGUUCAAGGAUUUUGACAGUACUCUAUCAUACAGCGUGAUAGACCACAUACGUCUUAUCAGAUUUAUUCACACUCUUGACAACGCAUUUAAUUCGAUGCUACUUGCCGUACUCAUUUAUUUUAGCACACUUUUUGCUUUUUAUGGGUUUUUAUUCAGCAUUAUAUUGACGAGAAAUCACAAUAUGUCGAUCAUGAGAAUACUUUUUUUCACGACGGCGUUCCUUAACAUCUUUGUGCACAUGUGCCUUUACUGUACUAUUGGAGAAAUGUUGGGUAUUCAAUCUGAUAAAAUUUACGGAGCUACAUAUAUGAACAACUGGUAUACAUUGGAACCGAAAAAGGCGAGGACAUUAAUGAUCAUAAUGAUGCAAGCUAAUAAGCGAUUGCAUCUUACCGCGGGAAAAUUUUUUCCUAUGACUAUAUCCAUGUUGUGCAAUGUAUUAAAAACGUCGACUGGAUAUAUAUCAGUGUUAUUGACAAAAUCUGCAACAAAAUAAAACAUUAUAAAUCGAUGUAAAUCUUCGUACAUAUAAUGUAACUUAAUGUAUUGAAUAUUUUUGGAUAUAUAAUGUUAUUACAAAUACAUCUUAAUGAAUGUUAGAAAUUGUAAUUAAUCGUAUAUUAUUUGUAUAUAUACGCUAAGUUAAAAAUCUGAGAAGUUUAAUUUUUCAAUACACAAGAGUGAACUUACUAAUAUAUAUAUUACC